CGAUUGUCACCACCACCACCAACGACACAUACAUCCGCACCUGCUUUCCUCCUUCACUCUCUACUAUAUUCCAAGAUGGCUUCGCGAAGGAGGGCCACGAAGAAGGGCGUGUCAUUCUGCCUCAUGGUUGUGGGCGCCAGCGGCACAGGCAAGACGACUUUUGUCAACACCCUCUGCGAGUCCGAGGUGAUUGGGCACAAGAUUGCCGACAAUGCCGAGACUGCGCACAUUGAGGAGGGGAUCCGCAUCAAGCCCGUCAAUGUCGAGCUGGACGAGGACGGGAUGCGCAUUGGACUGACCAUUGUCGACACACCCGGCUUCGGCGACAACAUCGACAAUGAGUACAGUUUCCAGGAGAUCGUCGGCUUCCUCGAGAGGCAGUACGACGAUAUCCUUGCGGAGGAAUCGAGGAUCAAGCGUAACCCGCGCUUCCGCGACAACCGUGUUCACGCGCUCCUCUACUUCAUCACGCCCACUGGACACAGCCUGCGUGAGAUGGACAUUGAGCUCAUGAGGCGGCUCAGCCCCAGGGUCAACGUCAUCCCCGUCAUUGGAAAGGCGGACACCAUGACCCACAGCGAGCGGGCCGAGUUCAAGAAGAGGGUCAUGGAGGACAUUGAGCACUACGGUAUCCCCGUCUACAACUUCCCCUACGAUGUCGAGGAGGACGAUGAGGACACGAUCGCCGACAACAGCGAGCUCCGUGGACUCAUGCCAUUCGCCAUCGUCGGCUCUGAGGAGGAGGUCGUUGUUGGAGGCGAGCCUGUCCGAGCACGUACGUACCCGUGGGGUCUCGUCGAGGUCGACAACCCCAAGCACUCGGACUUCGGUCGGCUUCGCAGCGCCCUUCUCAGCACGCACCUGACGGACCUCAAGGAAAUCACCCACGACUUCCUCUACGAAAACUACCGGACGGAGAAGCUGAGCCGGACGGUGCACAGCGACUACGCCGACACGUCAAUUCCGGGCGAUGAGCUGGCCAACCAGUCGGUCAGGCUCAAGGAGGAGCAGCUCCGUCGCGAAGAGGACAAGCUCCGGGCGAUUGAGCUCAAGGUGCAGCGCGAAAUCCAGGAAAAGAGGCAGGAGCUCCUGGCAAAGGAAGAGAGCCUCCGAAACCUCGAGAACCGGUUGGCGGCGCAGGAGUGAUUUCGCCCCUCGCUUUCACUUCUCCGCAACCCCGUCUUCUGCUUUCUCCUUUUCUUAUUUCGGUCACCGGCUUCAUCCACCGCCUUUUGUCUUUCUUAUUUGACAACGAGCAGCAACCCUUUGGCGCUCUUCUAUCCUUGCUCGCCCAGCCGGAAUAGCUUGUUCUAGGCGACGUGAUCUCAGGAUGGCCUUCUAUCUUUCCAGCUCUAUUCCCUUGGCGUUCCUUUUGUCUUCUUCUUCUCGAAUGCGAACAGUGAUAACGACUAUUCUUAGCGAGUUUGUGAUAACUUACGACCAGCUUUGUGCCGCAAAUAUUGGCAAAUCCGGAGAGACAUGGACAGAACGCUUGCUGAACGCAGUGUGUCAACAGAUUGUGCAUUGAAUUGAUGGUGAC